GAUUCGCAAUCAAGCGCCUCCCCUUUUCCACGCUUCCUUCUUGGACCCAAUUUUUUGUAUAAAUUCCAAUGGAUUGGAAUUGGAGACCUACAAGGUGACUGAUUCUCUCUGCCGGCCCACCCAACGGCGCCGUAGCGGCUUUCCUCUUUCCUUCUCGGCGACACGUGAGAGUCCGAAUCUCGUGGAAGAACAUAGACCUGCCACACAUCAUCAUCAUCACACAGAACCAACGAAACUGCCUACUCUCUUCUCUUUCCUUCGCUCCUAAGGGCCAACACUAGCCCUAGCUUCCUUCCCUACCUUGGCUUCUCUUUGCUCCGCGAAUCGCAUGGCUUCUUCACUCCUUCUGCCUUCUCCUCCUCACUCGUCGUCUUCGUCUUUGGCGUUUUCUUCUUCUGCUUCCUCUCUGUUUAACGCCAUCAGUCUUCAAAAUUUGGCCUUCAAUGAGUCCCGCUCUCCAAUCUGUGCGCCAAAGUGUGUGAGAUGUGACCUGCCCGAGCCAUCCAAUUCUUUGAAUGGGAAGGCAAUCAUCCCCGUUCUGAACGAUCGGACGCUGCCCAAGUUCUUGGAAUCAGCAAGGAUGGAGAAAACUGUGAAUAGAAACAGCAACAGGUUGAAAUUAUUCUCUGGCACAGCCAAUCCUGCACUUUCCCAGGAAAUUGCCUGGGACAUGGGAUUGGAACUGGGGAAGAUUUCCAUUAAGCGAUUUGCUGAUGGAGAAAUCUACGUCCAAUUACAAGAGAGUGUUAGAGGAUGCGAUGUUUAUCUUAUACAGCCAACAUGUCCUCCUGCAAAUGAGAAUCUCAUGGAGCUGAAGAUAAUGAUCGAUGCUUGUCGUAGAGCAUCUGCCAAAAAUAUUACUGCUGUGAUUCCAUAUUUUGGAUAUGCCAGAGCUGAUAGAAAGACACAAGGCCGAGAAUCCAUUGCAGCCAAACUUGUUGCAAACCUUAUUACUAAAGCUGGGGCAGAUCGUGUUCUUGCUUGUGACCUUCACUCAGGGCAGUCUAUGGGGUACUUUGAUAUUCCUGUGGAUCACGUCCAAUGUCAACCUGUGAUUCUUGAUUAUCUAGCCAGCAAGAUGAUAAGUUCUAAUGACUUGGUGGUGGUCUCACCUGAUGUUGGUGGUGUUGCAAGGGCACGUGCUUUUGCUAAAAAGUUAUCUGAUGCACCCUUAGCAAUUGUAGACAAAAGGCGUCAUGGACACAAUAUAGCUGAGGUGAUGAAUCUGAUUGGUGAUGUAAAAGGAAAAGUUGCCGUUAUGGUGGAUGACAUGAUUGAUACCGCAGGGACCAUAGCUAAAGGCGCGGCACUAUUACAUGAGGAGGGAGCCAGGGAAGUGUAUGCAUGCUGCACUCAUGCUGUUUUCAGUCCUCCUGCGGUGGAGAGGUUGUCGGGUGGCUUGUUUCAGGAGGUGAUUGUUACAAACACGCUUCCAGUUGCGGACAAGAACUGUUUCCCCCAGUUAACUAUUCUUUCGGUAGCAAACCUGUUGGGUGAAACUAUAUGGCGUAUCCAUGAUGAUAGCUCUGUCAGUAGCAUUUUUCAGUGACUAGAAAGUACUACUCCGUGGUAGUUGAUUUUAUUUAAUCAAUAUAACCCGUUUCGUUUCUUAUUUAAUUUUGAAAUGUUUUACUUCA